GCCGACAGCAAUCUCUCUCUCCCUUCCAUUUGUCCUGGUCUUUUUGUUUCUUGUCUCUGGGCCAUAGAUCGCAAUCAUGAGCGGCCUACGGUUCCUCGAUCUCGUCAAGCCCUUUGUGCCUCUCGUCCCCGAGAUUCAGCUGCCCGAGAGCAAGGUGCCGUUCAACAACCGCCUGGUAUGGACUGGUCUCACGCUGCUCGUCUUCCUCGUCAUGAGCCAGAUGCCCCUCUACGGCAUCGUGUCGUCCGACACGUCGGAUCCGCUCUACUGGCUGCGCAUGAUGAUGGCGAGUAACCGAGGCACGCUGAUGGAGCUGGGCAUCACGCCCAUCAUCACGUCGGGCAUGGUGUUCCAGCUGCUGGCCGGCACGCACUUGAUUGACGUCAACCUCGACCUCAAGUCGGACCGCGAGCUCUACCAGACGGCCCAGAAGCUCCUCGCAAUCCUCCUGUCGUUUGGCCAGGCCGUCGUCUAUGUCAUUUCGGGACUCUACGGACAGCCCUCUGACCUGGGUGCUGGCAUCUGCGUCCUGCUUGUCAUCCAGCUGAUGAUUGCUGGCCUGAUUGUCAUUCUGCUCGACGAGCUCCUCCAGAAGGGCUACGGCCUCGGCAGUGGCAUCUCGCUCUUCAUUGCCACCAACAUUUGCGAGUCCAUCAUGUGGAAGGCCUUUUCCCCCACGACCAUCAACACUGGCCGUGGCCCCGAGUUUGAGGGUGCUCUCAUUGCCCUCGUUCACUUGCUCUUCACCUGGCCCAACAAGACGGUUGCCCUCAAGGAGGCUUUCUAUCGCCAGAACCUCCCCAACGUCAUGAACCUGAUCGCCACCGUCGUCGUCUUCGGUGCCGUCAUCUACCUGCAGGGGUUCCGCGUCGAGAUUCCCGUCAAGUCUGCCCGCCAGCGUGGUGUCCGCGGCUCCUACCCCGUCCGCCUGUUCUACACGUCCAACAUGCCCAUCAUGCUACAGUCGGCUCUGUCGUCCAAUGUCUUCUUGAUCAGCCAAAUGCUCUACAGCCGCUUCUCUGACAACCUUCUUGUCAAGCUUCUCGGCGUUUGGGAGCCCAAGGAGGGCUCCGCCCAGCUUUUCGCCACUUCUGGUAUCGCUUACUACAUGUCUCCCCCUCUGAGCAUCACCGAGGCUCUCUCUGACCCCCUCAAGACGGCCAUCUUCAUUGUAUACAUGCUCGUCGCUUGCGCCGUCUUCUCCAAGACGUGGAUCGAGGUCUCGGGUUCCUCUCCUCGCGACGUUGCCAAGCAGCUCAAGGAGCAGGGUCUGGUCAUGGCUGGUCACCGUGAGGAGUCCAUGUACAAGGAGCUUAAGCGUGUCAUUCCCACUGCGGCUGCUUUUGGCGGUGCAUGCAUUGGAGCUCUGUCUGUUGGUAGCGACCUCCUCGGCGCUCUUGGCAGCGGUACUGGUAUUCUUCUGGCCGUCACCAUCAUCUAUGGAUACUUUGAAAUCGCCGCCAAGGAAGGCGACAUGUCUGGUCUCAAGGGCAUGGUUAUGGGCUAGGUUGGCUCAUUUGGGAAUUCGAUUCUGUUGUCUUGGAAGGACGAAAUGUAGGGGUUGAGUGCUUUUGCAGCACGUUGUAACAUAUGAUUUAAGAAACAAAAAAGUCUGCGAAGGAAUCACGGCGUUUACGCAUUGGAACGUGACAUGGCUAGGUCAAGAGGGCAGUCCUUCUGUAAUGUAUCAUUGUUAACCUCAAGGAAUGCAUUUUAUCAGAUGUAGGCAGGAUAGCUAAGGGUGUGCUCGCUAUUGCCGUAGUAGAGGACAUGCUUGGCUUUGGGCCUGCGUCAUUGCUUGUGACUGUGGAGAUAUGGCCGCAAUAGGAGUGUGGGUGAUGCAAGACAUGGCGUCUGUGCAGAAUAGACUUUGCAUGGGUAAUAGAUACGCGAGUGCGAUGCCCUGGACAUGCUACGGAUGGAUGGGGCAUUGGCUUUGU